AUGCCGAAAGAUGAUUUGGAGCUCAUUUCAUUACCUGGACGAGGUAGAGCCGAAUCUAUUCGUAUGAUGCUCGUAUUCUGCGGUCAACAGUUUAAUGAUACUCGUCUUACUAUUCAACAAUGGAAAGGCCGACGAAAACUACAAGGAUUCAAUGAUGAUACCAAGCUACCUGUCAUGAAAAUCAAUAAAACGAAAACUCUAAUUGGAGUUAUCGAUAUCUCUCGAUAUAUCGCUCUGCAUUAUGGACUUUAUGGAAAGUCUUCGGCUGAUCAGGAGAAAAUAAAUGAAAUAAUCAAUGAAUUGGAGCAGCUCAACAGUCAGUUGAACCCAAUUAUAAGGGCAACGUUAACUAAGAACUAUGAGCAACGAAAAGCUAGUUGGGAUCUUUUCAAACAACAGUCAUUAGUUCCUCAAUUGAACAUUUAUGAAACGAAACUUGCCACGUCUACAUAUCUCUUCAAUAAUACCAUAUGUUGGGCCGAUAUCGCUUUGAUUGAGAUGGUUACUCGCUUUCAAUGUUGUUAUGAUAGUUACUUUCUCGCUCAUUUUCCAAAUCUCAAAAGUUACUGUGAUCGUUUUGAAGCUUUACCUACCGUGCGUCCUUACAUUCAAGCUCGUCCUGAAGCUGCUUACUUUUGA